AUGACUACCGAUAUUCAGCAAUUUUUUCGAAAUAAAACAAUAUUUGUGACUGGUGGAACGGGAUUUCUUGGCAAAGUUCUGCUUGAAAAAAUUUUACGCUGUACCGAUGUCAACCGCAUUUAUAUUCUGCUACGACCCAAAGCUGGUCAAGCUAUAAUUGAACGUUUUAACGAGAUUAGCAAAACGCCGCUAUUCGAUAAACUGCAUACAUUACGUCCGAAUUUUAUGCAUAAAAUUCAUCUUAUCGAAGGUGAUUGUAUGCUGGAGAACUUGGGUAUAUCCAAUGAUGAUCAUCGAACAUUAAUCGAAAAUGUUGAGGUCAUAUUGCACUGUGCGGCGACAAUACGUUUUAAUGAGACGCUUAGCAUUGCUACGCAAAUUAAUGUUCAGGCCACAAUGGAUCUAAUCGCGAUGGCAAAGGAAAUGAAGCAGUUGGUGUCCUUUGUCCAUGUCUCCACAGCAUUUGUUAAUAGUGUAACAACCCAUGCCGAAGAGCGAUUUUCUAGCGAGCAGUUGACUGUCAGCAGUCAAGAUCUUUUGAAUAUAAAGCAAUCAUUAGGCAGUGAAACAUUUGAUUCGAUGUCUGAGAAAUUUGUCGACAAAUAUCCCAACACAUAUACCUUUACAAAAGCUGUUUCGGAAGAAUUUAUAAGAACACAUGCGGAAUCAUUGCCAAUUUGUAUCGUUCGACCGGGAGUAAUUAUCGCAACAAUGGCAGAACCCUUUGGCGGUUGGAUAGAUAAUAUUCAAGGAGCUGCGGGUGCAACAUAUAGUACUUUAAUGGGCGUUCUAAGAGUCAUAAAUACAAAAUAUGGUAGAAGGGCACCACUGGUACCGGUGGAUUACUGUGCAAAUAUCUUAUUGGCUGCAGCGUGGCACACAGCUAAUUUUGAGAAAUCAAGACCCACCAAAGACCCCACAAUUUACAAUUUCAUACCCGAGGAAUCAAAUCUGAUCACAUGGGGUCAAUAUAUAACAGUUUUAUUAGACUACAAUCGCCAGAUGCCCUAUUCGAAAAUGUUAUGGUAUCCAAUGAUAAAAUUUAUUCCAAAUAAAUUUCUCUAUCGUCUAGCAGUAGUUGUUUAUCAAACAAUUCCAGGUUAUAUUAUGGAUAUGAUAUUGAAAUUUCAAGGUUCAAAGAUGAGUGUAUUAAAAAUUAACGAAAAAGUUUUUCGUUUAACCCAAGUCUUAAGUUAUUUCAUUGACAAGGAUUUCACAUUUGCCACAGCAAAUACCAGACAGCUGUGGCAAUCAAUGUCUGCGGAGGAUCGAAAAAUGUUUAAUUUUGAUAUGGUCUCAUUGUCAUGGAAUGAUUAUUUACGUAGCUAUGCAGAAGGCUUGAGACUUUUCAUUGCCAAAGAGGGGCCGGAGACAAUACCCACAGCUAUAGGUACAUUAAAAAG